CAUUUUAUUACUCUCAAGUAGUAGUGAAUGAACCAUGUAAUGAACUAGUGUUUGUGAUUUUUCCAACUCCGGGAUAAUUUCAAAUCUAUUCAAUAAUAUGAUAUAUUGUAGAAUGCUAAAAAUGGUUUAUGUUUUUUAUACAAUUUUCGUGACUGUUAAAAUGGAAGAUGAGGAGUUUAUAAAUACUAUUGGUUUUCCUUUUGGUGGCCCUUUCAUGGGAUUGUUUGUGACAUUAAGCAUACCUUUGGGACUUAAGGAGGAGGAUGUUUUUCUUGGAUAUAAUAUGGAAGCGAACUAUGUUUUACCAGAAAAUCAAACCUCAUUUUCAUAUCCACCAAUUCUUGGAGAGAGGAGUAUUACAAGAAGUUCAGUUUAUCAAUUUCUUUCUAAUAAGUUAUCAAGAUAUGGCUUCCCAGGCUAUGAAUGCCUAUUAAGACUCAUUUGUGAUACAGCAACUCAUCCAAUCAACUUAACAAAUGGAGUUUUAGGCGACUUGCUCCAUGUUAUUCUCACACCAUCCAGUUCCAAUGAAACAGAAAGCCUUGAGGCAUACUUAGAAGCAGAAAGACAAGGGAUAGAAAACGAAAACUGCUUCAUCUACGAGAAGAACUGUUCUUAUAGCAUCCUUGAUUUUGUCACUACUUAGCAACAAAGCUGAAUAUGAAAUUAAAAUAAAGACUUCUUGCCAC